GGGAAAAGAGGGGACGGCGGUGUGUCUCGACCUUUCCCGAUAAGCUCGACCAUUGCUCGAAUGGGAACGCCUAGGGUUUCGAUCCACGAGCUUUCUCGCCAAUCUCUUCCUCCCUCCCUCGCUAUCUGGAUUAAACUAGGAUUUCUCAGCAAAAGAAAUUUAUAAUCUCCCAUCUUUCUCCGGCCUUUCUUCCUUGUUCCCCGAUUCCCCUAACUCUACCACUAGCUCCUACUCUUCUUGCUGCAGCUGUUACUGCUGUUCGUUCACCGUCGCUGUCGCUCUUCUUGCGCACCGAGGAAAUUGCGGGGGGAGACGAAGAGAUCGAGGACCAGUAAUGGCGGAUUGUUGUCCGAAGCGGGCGUAGCACCUCGACGAAGAUUUUGCUGUCGUCUCAUUCGGAGGAGAGGAGAGGCAGAGGCUGGAGGGCGGCAUUUGCGGAAGGAGCUGUUUGGCGCGUCGGUCUCGAUGAGAACUGGAGGAAUGCACGUCGAUCGGGGCUCGUCUGCUUCGAAUCCGGAGUAAAGGAUCGAUUUUGGGGGUGGGAUUCUCUUGUGCUUGGAGAUCGAGUGGGUAGAUCUGGAAUGCGGAGGCAUUAAAUCGUCGCAAGACGUUGCUGCUGUAGCUGCUGCCUUCAUGUCGUUGUGCUGAUUUCUAGCCACCCGACGAGCCAGCGCGAGUAGCGGGAAGAAAGAGGGGGAAAAGGAAGCCAAGAACAGCUGAUCGCCGCUGCCAGAAAAAAAGCAAAGGCUCCGAGCUGACUUGUCCGGCCACCUACUUUGUCUACAGGUCUCGCAUUUCCUCUCCAUUCUUUGUUUUCUGGUCUCCUAUCCUUGCUGCUGUACUGCGGUUGUGAACUCGCCAUGAAUGCUGAAGGACGGCCUUCUGCUAACUCCCAGAAACCCUAAGUCCCGGAGUUGCCAUAUCCCCUCAGUCUCGCCCACACCCACCACACUCCACUUGCAGGAAGGAGAUCGAGGGGUAGAUAUAAUAAGGAGUGGCCGAUCACGCGAUAAAGAUCCUAUCUUUGUGCCCAGGAGAGGCAUGAGAGCAAGAUGGAAUUGGAGGAGAACGACCACGCUUCCAAGAGGUCCCGGAUGAUGUGCAACGGCAGUCAGGCGGCCAAGAUAGGGCGCAAGCAGCUCGCGAGGGACGACGACGAGGACGGAGAGAAGAGGAAGGGCGAAGGAGGGGCUGAUGCCAACCGCAUCGGGUCCUGGCAGCAUUACCCGUCGUCAAGGAUCUUUCGGGUCUCGCGAGCCUCCGGCGGCAAGGACCGGCACAGCAAGGUCUACACCGCGAAGGGCCUCCGCGAUCGGAGGGUCCGUCUCUCCGUCUCCACCGCCAUUCAGUUCUAUGACCUCCAGGACCGCCUUGGCUGCGACCAGCCGAGCAAGGCCAUCGAGUGGCUUAUCAAAGCCGCUGCGGCCGCCAUCAACGAGCUUCCUCCGCUCGAUGGCUUCCUAAAGCCACCGCACCCUAGCGGGGAAGAGAUCAUGGAGAUCAAUCCAGAUGUUGAGUGUAGCUACAAUCAGCAACAACAACAGCAGCAUCAGUCGAGCAAGUCGGGCUGCAGCAGCACCUCGGAGAUCAGCAAAGGCUCGGUUCUGUCACUCUCACAGUCAGAGAGCCGCAUCAAGGCCAGAGAGCGAGCACGAGAACGAACUGCGAAGGACAAGGCGAAAGAUAGAGACGACAGUGGCCCCAUUGUGGCGUCCCAUCACCAGAACCAGAACCCGAACCCGUACCCGAACCCUCAGACCCCCUCCUUAACUACUACCUUCACGGAGCUUCUUACUGGUGGCGGCAGCGUCCGCAAUAAUUCCAACGUAACCGCUGCCGUUGCAGGCCAGAACUCCGACCGCAGUUGCAUUCAGAAGCAAAUCUCCACAGCGGAUUACUUCGUCCAAGCUGGUCUCUUUGCUCAGCCGCAAAAGAGUCACCAGCUGCCGUCGAGUUUUCCCUCCCAAUCCCACUUUGGGAACAGAUCCCCGAUGGGAAUGUUGCCAUUCAACAUAGCUGCCACUGGCCACCAUCCCGAAAUGCAGCAGUUAUUCUUACAGGACCAUGUCUUCCCCGUCUCGGCAGUGGCAGCGUCAGGGGAUUACAAUCUCAACUUCUCAAUUUCUUCGGGAAUUGCAGGUUUCAGUAGGGGGACCCUUCAGUCCAAUUCACCAGCUCAGAUGCCUCAGCAGCACCAUCACAGUCACAACAAUCUACCGAGGCUCUCUUCUACCGUUGACGGAUCGAACCUGCAGUUCUUCUUCGGUUCUGCCGCUGGUUCGGCUGCAGCCGCCACCAGCGCAGAGAAUCAAUUUCCGGCAGGGAUGGACGGCGGCCUGCAGCUCUGCUAUGGGGAUGGCUAUCGGCAUUCAGACCUCAAGGGGAAAGGGAAGAGAUGAGUUAAUCAGAAAAAAAGAUGCCAUUUUGUGCAUACUCCAUUGCUGAUGGAUGAUGCAGGAAAGCAACGACUGCAAAGCAUGGAAAUGGCACCUUUCCUGGAAUAUUGUUUGCAGCAAGGACUCCAGUAGAACUGUGGUCAAAAUCAGAAUUGCUUUGUUCUUUGUUCUCAUCAAUUGCAUUCAUAUCAUGUGUGAGACAGUUCUAUCAUUGUGUGAUUGCAGAGUGAAACCUGGUUAUGUAAUGGUAAACAAUCCAUCUUUAUUGCU